GCCUGACACAGAAGGAAAACGUCCUCAGAUUCAGCCGUGUAGGAGUUCCACACUUGGGACGAACUGUCAGCGUUUGAUCCCCACGGUGUGAGCAGCGUUUCAAUGCUGAGGAUGGAGUCUCUGAACAGCACACACCCCAGCGCUGCAGCCUCCAGCAGCCCCCUCGAGUCCCGUGUGCCUAGUAACAGCAGUGGCAAUGGCAAUGAAUACUUCUAUGUCCUGGUUGUUAUGUCCUUCUAUGGCAUUUUCUUGAUCGGAAUCAUGCUGGGCUACAUGAAAUCCAAGAGGCGCGAGAAGAAGUCCAGCCUCUUGCUGCUGUACAAAGACGAGGAGAGGCUGUGGGGGGAGGCUAUGAAGCCGCUGCCCAUGAUGUCCAGCCUGAGGUCGACGCAGGUGCCCGUGAUGCUGAAUAUGCUGCAAGAGAGUGUGGCGCCUGCGCUGUCCUGCACCCUCUGCUCAAUGGAAGGGGAUAGCGUGAGCUCUGAGUCCUCCUCUCCAGAUGUGCACCUCACUAUCCAGGAGGAAGGGGCUGACGAUGAGUUGGAGGAGACCUCUGAGACGCCUCUCAAUGAAAGCAGUGAAGGGUCUUCAGAAAACAUCCAUCAGAAUUCCUAGCACCCCCAGGACCCUAGAGGUGGCUCCGUGAGCCACGCUUGACCGAGGAAAGAUAUUUAUCAA